AAGCCACUCGUGCGGCCCCCUUCCUAUCCAACCACAACCACCGCUACUAGGCCUAGUUUUCCCUCUUCCUCGUCCCAACGGUCACAGUAACAAAAGCGCGGAGAGAGAGAGAGAAAUGAAUUCUUGCGCAUUCUUCGUCAAUUCCACUACCAACACCAUAUCUGUUUUCCCAAUUACCAUUAUCAAACCCGUUGGAUUCAGAAACCGAUGUUUCCUCAAACAAUCCUCAGUCUCAGCAAACCUUUCUAUUUGCAACAACAAAAUGUCCUCGGUUCACUACGACAGUCUCAGAGUUCUCGAAUGGGACAGUCUCUGCGACGCCGUGGCAUCCUUUGCCGGCACUUCCUUGGGCAGCGAAGCCACAAAAGCCCAGCUGUGGUCUCUGAAUCAGACAUACGAAGAGAGCCUGAGGCUUCUGGAGGAGACCAAUGCGGCCGUGGAAAUGCGCAAGCACGGUGGUUGCAGCUUGGACUUCAGCUCCAUCGAUGCAGUUCUUGUGAAAUCUGCUAUCCAACAAGCCCGGAUAAGUUUACAGGUCAAUGGGAAUGAGGCAAUGGCUGUUGCAGCUCUGCUACAGCUAGCCGAGACUUUGCAGUUUAAUCUAAAAGCUGCAAUUAAGGAAGACGCAGAUUGGUAUGGACAUUUCAUGCCUCUCACAGAAGAGAUAAUGGGAUUGGUUAUAAAUCGAUCAUUAGUUAAGUUGAUACAUCAAGUUAUAGAUGAAGAUGGCUCCGUUAAAGACUCUGCGAGUUCAACCCUGAGACGAUCACGCGAUCAGGUGCGGAUGCUCGAGAGAAAGAUAUAUGAUUUAAUGGACAGCCUAAUUAGGAAUGAAAAGAAUGAAACACCAUUUCUGGAAGUGAGUAACAUUGAUGGCAGGUGGUGUAUAAAAUCAGGGGCUGAUCAACUGACAAGUUUUAAGGGUCUACUGUUAUCCAGUGGUUCAGGCAUAGGAAGCAUUGUAGAGCCACUCUCUGCCGUCCCUUUAAAUGAUGAGUUGCAGCAAGCAAGGGCAUCUGUGGCAAAGGCUGAGGCAGACGUGCUUUCAAUGUUAACAGAAAAGAUGCAAAUGGAUCUUGAUGACAUUGAAAAGUUAUUGAAGUGUAUAAUCCGACUGGAUGUGGUCAAUGCUCGAGCAACCUACAGUCUUUCAUUUGGAGGCGCAUGUCCUGAUUUAUUUCUACUGGAAGGCAAAGACGCUUCUACUUCUGUCGUGUACCUAUCAGGGGACAAAAUUUCAAAGACAUCAUACCCCAUUAAGAGGGAAUGGGCAUUGUAUAUGCCAAAAGCUUAUAAUCCUUUAUUGCUUCAGCAGCAUAGGCAAAAUUUGCAGAAGGCCAGGAAGGAUGUCACUAAUGCUACUGCAGAAAUCAGGAGAAAACAGCAAGGUGAGAUUAUGGCACGAAAAGGAGAAACAGAUAUAGAUCUUUCAUCCUUAGAAAUGCAGGUUGCUGCACUUCAACAAGCUCAUCCAGUUCCAGUAGACUUUUUUAUAGACCAUAAAACUCGAGUUUUGGUUAUAACUGGCCCUAAUACCGGGGGCAAAACCAUUUGCUUAAAGACUGUUGGAUUGGCAGCUAUGAUGGCUAAAUCAGGUCUUCAUGUUUUAGCUUCUGAAUCUGUAAAAAUCCCUUGGUUUGAUGCUGUUUUUGCUGACAUUGGGGAUGAACAGUCCUUAUCCCAGUCUUUGUCUACCUUCUCUGGCCACUUGAAACGAAUAAGUGAAAUUCAAUCACACUCAACAAUUCAGUCAUUGGUGCUACUAGAUGAAGUUGGUGCAGGAACAAAUCCCCUUGAAGGAGCAGCUCUGGGGAUGUCAUUACUGGAAUCUUUUGCUGAAAGUGGGGCUUUGUUGACAAUAGCUACAACACAUCAUGGCGAACUCAAAACCCUGAAAUACAGUAAUGAAACCUUCGAAAAUGCAUGCAUGGAGUUCGAUGAAGUCAACUUGAAACCAACUUUCAAGAUUCUCUGGGGAAUACCAGGUUUUCACUAUCACUUUUGGACCUCGUUCAUUUAUGCUGCUACUUUAAAUGCUGUAAUUAACUUAUACUUGGUCAUAACUGAUAUGGAAAGGUUAAAGCAAGAUUUCAAGGAGAAAUUAGAGGAAGCACAACAUCAUCUGAUGCUCUCAAAAGAUCUCUAUGAAAACCUGUUGCUCGCUAGAAGGAAGAUAAUGGAACAUGGAACUGAACAAAGAUUGAGGAAGAUGCGAGAAAUAUCUGAGGCUGCAGCAGUGGCACGUUCUAUUCUUCAUAAGAAAGUGCGACAGCUUCGUGUAUCUGCAAUUCAAUCUUCACAGGCAACUCCAGCUAACAAAAUCCGGCAUACAUUGGCAAUUAAGGGCCAGCAUAAUGCGGCAGAAUACAAUGAACCUCAUGUGGCUUAUAAGAACACAUCCUUUGUUGAAGACAUCAAGCACUCACAGUCAGAGAAGUCUCAGGUUCCCAUGGUUGGUGAUAUGGUGUAUGUUUCUUCUCUUGGGAGGAGGGCGGCAGUUUUAAGAGUGGAGCCAUCUAAAGAUGAAAUAGUAGUUCAAACUGGUAACAUGAAGUUGAAGUUAAAGCUGACUGAGAUUGAGACGUGACUAACAAGGAUUCAUGCAUGUCAUUGUGAAUAAGAAGGUGGGAUCAUAUUGAAGACUAUUUUCAUCACGUGCACUCAAGGUGAGGAACCACUGAAGAAGUGUCAGACAGAGGACCAGAAAGCAAAGAGCUCUGAUUAUUCAAUGAUUCAAGUCAUAUAGUGUAAAGAUAUUCUCAGCUAAAGAAACCCGCAUGCUAGUGGAGACUAGGCGAUGGUUUAGUUUUGAACUCCAACUUCUUGAAGAUACUAAAGAAAAGGAAAGUUUAUAUUAGCUGGUGAAGAUACUUUGACUUCCUGGCAAAUGGAUGGAAGCUAUAAAACUAUGCUUGUUGAGCAUCUCAGGCCACAUUUGGUGUCUUCGACCAUAGAUCCUGAAAUUGGCAUUGGGAUGGUAAGGCCGUUUUGUUGUGAUUGCUGCAUUAUAGGUAAGGCACUUUAUUGGAUAGAUUUAUGAAAGAAAAAGGAGGAAAAGGAAGACUAAUAGUUGUCAUUCACAGUGAUUGAGGGUGCCUUCCUAUUGUAUAUUUGGGAUGGUAUAUUUUUUAGCUAACUUGAGUUUUUUUUUUU